UUAAGUAAUCAAAUACAACUCUGGGUGGUAUGGAAAACGUUGUAUGAACAAUUCUGAAACAAACACGUGCUUAAGAUAUCCAACGGACUCCUACUGCUGGCCUUUGGAUUGUCCAACAAAUGAGCCUUGCAUCCAGAGCAUCGAUAGAUUUCAUCUCAUUUGCCGCGUAUUUUAAUGUUAUUAUUAGUAUUGUGUCAUAAGCUACUGAACUAGCUCGAGAACUCAGCCUACCGGAGAGAGCAAAAUGGGCCGAAGCUAGCUAUUGGUGAGUUAACUCAAGCUCUAGCGCAAACGAGCUACAAGUACGAGCUUCUAGCGCGGUACCACCAGACUAUAUUGGAGAUUUUUUUUAAAAAGAUUUUCCCAUAUUUCAGAAAAAGAUCAUAUGUCUUUUUUCGCACAUUUACAGCUUGUGAAGCGUAGCUGCAAUGGAAUUAUGGGUGACAGACAGAGUUAGCUCACGGAUAAAAUGGCGAGCUUGAGAUCGUGUGCUAACACAACAUCGGCAAAAAAUGUACUUGUUCAGCUCAACCCAAUUUAGCUCCAAGACAGAAAACUAAAACCAGAAAUACACCAGUGUGGUGUAUUUUUUUCUUUUAUUUUAUCGAACUAGCAACGAAUAAUUUCUCUGUUGCUGCUGAUCUUCCUAAUAACUCCGAUGGCAUUUUAUACAACGAAGAUCAUCUUGGCUGGUCUAAACCGAAUAUGCAAAUGCAUUUGCAAUCGAUGCAUCUUUAUCGAUUCAACGUGAUUCUCCCUUAAUACAUCAUUGCUGACUAUUAUAUUCACACCACUCUCAAGCUCUGUUCUGUUUAGUUAAGUAAGCUUCAGUAGAAUAUUUCGAAAUAUUCGCUAGGUGCCGUUCAUUCUCAUCUCUCCAAGUGAGAUAGCUUUAACCGUUCAAAAUGGUGUACGAAGAUGAACGAAUAUUUUCCCAACUGUUCAGACAAUUCACCUAUUUCAACAAAUUAUCCUGCGAUAUAUGAGUCGGAAAUAUCAUAGUUCUUCACGUUUGAUUCACCGCGGAAAAGAGACAUUAUGUAGUGCAUCAUUCAAGUUCCAAGCUGUGGCGGUACCACAGAAGAACAUCGUGAAAUAUAAAACAAAAUCCACAAAGCUUUAGCGUGAGUUAUCAUAAAAAUGCACCAUACUCUCUGCACUUCUACAUAGUACCGCAGAGUGAUGGAGAACGUUUUUAGUCCGUCGUAGUACACACCAUGCGUAAUGUGAUAAAUGAUGUAGAAAUUCGUAGCAAAAGAAAGCGCAUCAAGCAGCGCAUCUUAUUUUAAACGCAUAUUUUGCUAUAUUUUCAACGGCAUUACAGUCCAUUAGCACGGACAGAUACCAACGAUCGAUACGUUCGUUUAGAGCAAAUUUGAUAAUAUUACUAUUAACGAAACGGUUUACCAAUGCUUAGCCUAUCACAAGUGAAAGAUACAGCCAAUUGCUAACACUAUGUAGCAUUAAUUUUGAUUAAAAAAAAGAAACAAAACUUUACCAAUUACUGUUAUUUUACCAAUCGUUUCUUUUUCUGUUACGUUCAUGUUUCUGUUAUGCUUUUCAACCUUUCUCAUUUAAGUGCCUCGCUUGAAGUACAAGCAAAACAUGAAUGUUUUGACAUUCAUUUUUAUGUCGCUUAAUCGUAUUGUUCGGAUUUUGUUGUUUGUUGUUGCUUCAAACUAUUUCUUGGACGUUUAAAUAAAUGAUUAUUUAAUGUUUAUGGUUCAAGAUAAACCCAUUGCAGGCUGUGCACACGGAAGUAAAACAAAAGCUUUAGCUUCGUCGAGUAAAUGAUAGCUUUCAUGACCAAUACUUACGCAAUGAUAUACUCGAUUGCAAUUGGUUUGUGAUGUUUCCCACAAGGUGUGUGCAACUUAAACUGAAAUGUAGCAAAAACGGGUAGGGUAACACAGAACGUGUUAAGUGUCGACACAAGGAAGACAAAAGAAACAUCAAAAUAUUCGAUUCAAAAUUUGCAAACAGUUUGAAAAACUCACGUAUUUUUACUCAUUUCAAGACGAACCGAUCAUGAUCGCUUUUAAAAACAGGUUGCUUUCUCUGCCACUCUGCAAACACCAAAUAAAACGUUAAAAAGGAGAAUGCAGAGUCAAACGGAAAACCGACCAUACACGUAAAUGACCACCUUCAUUGUGAACAGUAUAUGUCCACCAUUAAAGCGCUUUAACUUCAACGAUUAAAUUAAACUAGCAAGAAAACGUUGCUGUAGGUUGCGAUAGUAAUUUAUUUUUCCGAUGAAUCUUUUCAUCUGCUAGAAGUAAAUUAGUCGGUUUCCUGAUGUAAAUGGAACCCACUGCGAAGAAAAUGGGGUGUUUCAGCCGCCAUAACGCUGUGAAUCAUGCACCCAACCCACAAACUGUUGUACGGUUAAACCCCCUUUUAUGCUCCUUUCUGUGCAUUACAACAUGUGCUCCAAUGUUACAUAUUAGUCGAAAUAAAACAAAUAAACGAAAUAGUUAAAUAUAAAUCGACAACAAGAAUGUCUUGGUAAUAUUGCUUUAACUAAUGUAACGGAGGAAUCAAUUUACCCAUUUUGAAGACAGCCUACCAGAUUGCAUUGAGCUGGCACAAACUUUAACUUCUUUCGUAUCCUUUUUAAAGAUAUCUGGCAGUAUGUACUACUGGAAUUUGUUGUAUUUUUUCUAGCAGACUUGUUUGAUGAACUUUGUUUGAAAAUUUUGUAACACUCAUUAAGACAAUUGUUAUUUUUCCAGAAAGAUUUAUUUUUUAAAUUCAUUCAAAUUUUUAUAUUAAAAAAAACAACCUCCCAUUGCGUUGCUUGUCUGUGUGCCAAAUGCUUUAAGGUAUGGUUUGUUUUCAAAAGUGCGGUAAUUAAACAUAUAGAUACACAGAAAACCACAACCUAGGUCGUUCCUGAGAAAAAAGAUUUUACAUUCAUAAGGUUACGUUUAAGAUAGGGACAACAAAUUAUAGUUCACAACGCAAAUGUAUGUUUCGGCAAGCAAAAAAAAAACUGCAAACCAUCUAACCUUACACCAAACGGCACCGCAAAUUUCCAUACAAUAACGAUCUUAUAACCGUAUGUUAUCCGUCAGAUGUAUGCAGAAACACACCGUUCACGCGUUGACAACUGUACUGCGAAAACUGUGUGUGUCACUAAAAUAAUCGUACCAUCAUACAGCUGACUAUGGAACCAAGCGUUUACAUUAUGCUAUACAUGUGUACAUGUUAACUACAGAACCGAACCGUAACACACCGCGAUAACUAAUAGUCUAAUCAAAGUCCGCGUCACGUAAUGUUGUUCACGUACAGCGGAACAAUUGCCAAACCAGUGCAAACAACAUGAUCGGCGUGCGAUGCAAAUAACACGGAUUGUGAGAGAGAAACACGAAUAAGGAUGACCAUUUUUAUGACCUCUUGUUAAGAGAUUAAGUUACGUAAGCUUCAGUUCUGGUUUCAGGAAUCGGUUAAACAUGUCUUCUAAAUGUGACCGAUAAAACGCGUGCUGUAAAACGACAACUGCGAUUAGGAAGUCUAAAAUUCGUUUCACGAUCCAUUUGAAACAUUUCAUAUUCUUUCUAGUGAUGAAUUACAUUUAAAUAAUCAACACACGACACACAUCAUACGCACCAACUAGCUGCUAAUCGUGGAUAGGUGCAAGAUUGCUCCUUGAAAAAAAAAUGAUUCACGUGCAUAAUGCAAGAGACGGACGAUUUAAAAGUACCCGAAUCCAAAUAAGCGUUUGCCAUCUUUGCUAUUAGCGAUCGUAGAAGAUCAUGUAUCGAGUAGUGGUUCUCUUGCAAAAAAAAGUACAUUGAAAUAGCCUUAAUGUUUGCGAUUAUAAUGCAGCAAAAAUUUAAAACCCAAAAACACGUGAUGAUAGUUCAAUAUGCGCAUGUGAAUAAAAGCUUACGUUCGUUGCGCUAAACAUCUUGUGUAGGGUCAAAAUAAAAAAAAAGUAAGGAUCCAACACCAAAGGCGCAAAAAAUAUAACGAAGAAAAAAAAAUACAAAGAGAAGUAAUUAGAUGUUUCAGAUACAAGAACGAUCUAUUUAUUUACUCUUAAUUAUUUAUUUAUUUUUUUGCUGAAGCCUAUAAAAUAAAAAUAAAAACAAAAUUAAACAGAAUGGAAAAGCGGUUAAAAACAAUACUCAAAUUUUAAAGCAUAUACACCAUUUUUAACACAUUUAUUGCGUGUAGCUACAAGUAAGAACAAUAUAAAAACAACACCCGAGAGAGACCCGAGGGGAUGAAUAAAAAUAUUAAACAAAUUAAACGAUCGUGUAUGGAAUAAUGAUCGGCAAUGAUAUCAUUGGAUCGGCUCAAGACCGUACAAGAAGAAACAUCCAUCGAGAGGAUAUAAAACUGAACUUGAUCGUGCAUAUGCUCCCAAUCUUCAUGUCGAUAGUUGUUGCACAUUCAAUGCGUGGUAUAAGCUACAAUGCGAGUUGUUAUCUCCUUGCUCCUGUUUGGAAAUGCUGUUACUUUGUUAACCUUGAACAGACACUCUAUCGAACACACGCGUUGAUCACUAGAGCGUAUAACGUAAGUGAUCGAUAUGAUAAGGAAUUUAACGACAAAUAUUAAUCCUUUAGCGCCAAGAAUGUGAAUAAACAAGCAAACCAUUGUUCUUUACAGUUGGCAGUUGUGGGCGAAUUUUAAACAUCUUCGAAUUUCUAGUGUCAUCGUGUUACUACACCAAUUGGGACUGUUUCUUCACCAUUUGCUCCUAACUACCUACCUACCUACCUAACAACCUACCUAUGAACGUUAUACCUAUAUCUACAUACCUACAUAGCUACAUCUUUAUACACACCUAUACCCUUUUCCGAGUUAAUCUUCUUCAAACAACAUUAGCGUUGUACACCAUCUACUGUACUGAACUGUAAGGAAAUGAAACAACAAACCCUAUUGCAAGCAAAACUGCUAUCAAACGGAACCAUAAUUAACUCGAUACAUUGAUAAAGUAAAGCAUAUGGCCGAGACAUACAAUCCUCAAAGAGGAUCGCCAUAAUAUAAAACCACAAAAUAUUUAUAUGAAUCAAGUGCAACUGAAGGUGUAUCAUGUUCAUAACCACUGUUCUGCUGUACCGUAUCCAUCUCCCGUUCGCGUUAUGCAUACAUUAAAACAAAGGGACGACAGAAAGUGGAACCAAAAUGAAAUGAAUGCCAAACGAAGUAAACGAAACGAUGCUGGCAUUAGCAGUUAAACGAUAAAACUCACAUUAACCAAAUACCAAUGAACGAAACGAAAUGACCAAUUUCUAAUGACGGAUCUGUAGCGGCUGUAGCAGUAGUAGGAAACGUUUGAUAUAUCUCUGUAUAGCAUAAGUUUUUGUAUUCAAAUAUUUGCCAGUUAUUCGGAUAGUAGUAUUCCUCUUUCUUUUCUUAUUUCAUACUUACUACUAUAGGUUUAGAUCAUUAGUUUAGUUACCGAGGGCCAGUGUACUAGGGUGGCGUAGUUUGUUCAUUCGCGUUAACAUUUUAGAAACGUUUUGUGGGCUGCCGUCUCAUUCGUUUCCAAAACUGCAGCAACGACACGCACACAAAACAAUCAAAAACAAAUACUACGGAACGAAGGUAAAAUACUUAACAAGAACAUCUGGUAGGAUGUUUAGCAAAUAGUGGUAACAUUGCGGAUUUCCCGUGAGAAAACAAAGAAAAGCUCACCCAAAACCGGAUAAUAUUUGGCACUUUUUCGCAAUUGCAUGCGAAACAGAGCUGAGAACGGCAAAAAGAAGGCAGAAAACGGAGUAAAUAUGAACUCGAAAGAGAACUCGAAAAAUGCCAACGCGGCGUGGCUAAACUAAACGACAGUAAAUUCAAAAUAUAGCAAACAAAUAAAGACACUUCUAGGAAUAGUAUUUAAAAAAUAAUAAAAAUAAAACAAAAAACAAUUCGUAAAACAAAAACACUUGCAUAAAUGUAGUUUUUAGUGUAAAACCAGUCUAAUUCAAGCCUAAAAUCUGCAACAUAAAAUCCAAAGCAUUACGGUAGUUACACUAGAAAGGGCAUGUUUUAUUUUCCCAUUUGUUUUACUGAACAAGUAAUAGUACUUUAUGUAGAUGCUAGACACGAUGGGUGGAGUAUGAAAAAACAUAAGAUCUUUAAUUAUAAAUUAGUCUCAGCAAACAAAAGUAAAACGAUUGAAAUCCAUACCAUGUCCCAUCCACGAUAGUUGUACAAUCUAAACAAAAAUCAACCACACAACAACAGUAGCAUAAACGUAUAUCAAUAACCAUAAAGAAAGCGAUGCAAAAAUGACAAAACAUCGAUCCGACGUACUCAUAGUGGAGUUUAGGUGUCUUAAUCUCAUGGGUUAGUACUUUAGUUACUAGAACUUCAAUUCACGUUCACUUCACUACGUUGUCAGAUUAUAGAAAGAUACAUUUAAUGAUCUUUAUUGCCUACUGUAUAUAUUGUUAAAUAGUUCUAAUAAAGAGAAAACUAAAUAAAUUAUUAUAAAAUUUAAAUAGACUUCCAGCGUUAAUGUGUCAUUAUUGUGUCAACUAUCAUUCCGAUAAGUAUACAAUAGGUAUGUAUGAAAUGUGUGAGAAACAGAUUAAAUCGUGCUUGCUGUAGGGAGAUGCACUGGUAUCGUAAUUAUCACAUGGGAAGGUCACGGAAAAUUAUAUAUUACACAUUUGACAACUUCCCAUUGCGCUAAGCUAGUCGAUCAAGUGGCAGCAAACAAACGGACACAAACAUACAUACACGACCUUUCUUUUGGGGGAAAAAACAAACAUACUCGAAGUAACAUGUUUUCCAUCCGGUCAUUUCGACGGGUAAUCGAGAUCGGUACGAAUUCUGCCCACAACUUACAACCGUUGACACGCGAAGGAUGAUUUACGCUCGUUAAUAAGCCUCUAAUUGAUCAUAUCGCGGGUGUGAAUCUCAAUGGCGUAGGUAACGAUUGUAUUAUAAAAACCCCGGUAUCAACAUCCGAAUGCUAACAGAAACAACUGCAACAUUAAACAGCAUGGCUCGCUUUACUAUACUUGCAGCGCUUUUCGCUGGACUAGUUUGUCUGAUCGAUCAUUCUGCAGUCUUAGCUUUGCCUAGUGCAGUUCAGUUGCCUUCCGAUGCAUCGCAAAUACCAAACUUCCCGGGACCUGGCGACAUUCCAAAGCCACCCGGUAUGCUGCACAGUCGGGUAUCACGUCAAGCUCCGCCUGAAAUUCCCGGACAAGAUCAGUUUCCACCACCGCCGCCGCCACCGCCGCAAAUGUCACAGAUGCCACAGAUGGUUUGAUUCGUUACCCACGGCAAUAGAUCCCGUCGAAACACUAAAACAUCAAACGAAAAGACAAACAUUCUGCCGGUUUUAGAAUCAAUCUCGUACGUAUCGGCGGCUCGUGAAAAACGGGCCGCCAAGGGCACCGGAGGAAAACUUCCCAGUAAGGCUGGAUAGGCGAAGUAGCAACACCGUCGAAGCAGAACUCGAUUUGGUCGUCUAUAAUUGGUCUACAGGUGAUGCGUUCCCAUUUGCUCUUAAUGCAUAAAAUAGGGGGUGUGACAAAUAGCAUAUUCAUAUGUACUACAAUCGAAUAAAUUAACAUGCAAGCAAACAAGAUACAA